AUGCCACGAGGGUCAGCACAGAAGAUAGAUAAGAAAUCGAAUAAAUAUAUUCCUAAAUUUAUAGCAUCAAAACCUUGGUAUCAAGAUGAUACAAAAGAAGGAGAUGAGAAUGAACAAGUUGAUGAAUUAUCACAUCAACGAAAAACUGGAGAGAUUAUAGAUCAUAGUAUUGCUAAAUCGGGUACAGGAAUUAAAGACGAAUUUAAAGGUACUAUACGAACAAAUGAUGAAAAUGAAGAUUACGACUCCAAAAGAGAUCGAUGGUAUGGGUAUUCGACAGAAGAAUGGUUAACUCAUUUGAAAAAUUGGAAACAAACGAAACAACCAGAUCAAGAGAUUGAAAAUAAUGAUUCUGAUGAUACAGAUUAUGAAUUAGAGUUAAUUGAGCUAGGCUUAGACAAAAAGGAUUUAAAUAAAAACAUUAAAGAAGAUCCCAUGGAGAAGAUGUUACGAGAUCGACAAGAUAUACCAGCGUAUAUUUAUAACAUUACUUCGAAUCCAAAUAAUAAAAUAAGAAUUGAUUAUGAUCCAAAAUCCCGAUUAGCUAAAGAUAUGAGCAAAGGUUUUCUUAAUGAUAGAAGUCAAUUUGUUAAAAAAUUAACAGGUGCAGCCACUGAAUUUACUGAUUUGCAGAAAAUAGCCUCUGGUUUGGAUAAUGAACAUGAACAAGAACGUAAACAAGCACGAUUAAAGCAACAGUUUUUUGGUGAUGACAGUCAGUUUAAAAAUGAAGUACCAGAAACCGAUUUGAAUCUAAGUCUUGAAGCCAGUCCUACAUUGAUGAUGUUGAAAGCAAAGCAAUUACAAAAGGAAAAAUUAAAACUAAAAGAUAAAGAAAAAGAAAAACCAAACAAUACUAAAAAUGAAAUAUCCCAAAAAUAUGCUAGCUCUGGUAUCACAACCAACUUGGAUAAAAAUGGUUUGAAGAAAACACGUUACCCGGAAGAUCAAUUGACUGGAAAUCACAAAUUCAUCUACGGAAGUUAUUAUGAAAAUGGGAAAUGGGGUUACAAGUGCUGUAAACAAUUUGAUAAGGAUUCACAAUGUACUCUUUAG